AUGUGGCAGAGGCUGCAGGAACGCUACGGCAGCCAAAGCGCACAUGGUGGGGAUGGUAGUAGGGUCGGGACCGAUGCCAUAGCAUUAUCGAAGAAGCGGCGUGCGCAGAUGCGCAUGCGUGCAGAUGCACUGGCCAAAAGUGCAGCGGACGAGGAAGCGCCAAGCACGCCGCACGAAUCUGGCCUGGUACGAGAGGAAGAUGAAGCGGGGCAUGGUGAGGAAGAGUAUGCGGAGUAUACGGGUGCGACGGAGCGCAUUCCGCUAGGUCGCGAAGCUGAGCGCAAGCGGGCCGUGUUGCGCCGGCAGCAGAUUCGCUCCAUGAUUGCAUCAACGCAGGGCGGCGAUGACGACGGCGAUGAAGACGAUAUUGCCAUUGUGGUGCGCCAACCACGCGCGCAGGCGCCGGUGCCCGUUUCCGCCGAGACGCUUAUUCACGAUGAGCAAGAAGCCCUUCCUGAUGAUGGCUAUGGUGAUGACGAUGACCGAGAGGCGCAGGACGCAUGGGAACGCGCUCAGAUGCGUCGUAUGGAUGUCGACAUGGGCGACCAGCUCGAGGCACCGCCUGUGGCUGCGCGGAUUCCGCUCGUGUCAGCUCAGCCGACACCGCGGUCAUGCAUGGCACGGCUAGAGGCGCUCCGUGCCCAGUGGGAGCACGAGGCUGUCGAACGCAACGAUGCUGUCCGCACCAUGGAGCAGGAACUGGGCGAAGUACAAGAGGAAGAGCGAGCGCUGCAAAGCGAGAUUGUGGAACUCGAAGCCAAGUCUGUGUGGCUGACUGAUAUGAAUGCGUUUACAGACGCACUCGCGAGUUUCUUUGAUACCAAGACGCCUCUUCUCGAGGCGCUCGAGCACAACGUACAAGCUCUGUUGAUCGAUCGCUACGUGACGCGGCGGCGACUGCGGACCGCGGCGGAUGCUUGGCUCAGCGAUGCGGACAAAGAGCAGUUUCUCGAGGGAUGCGUGCAGCUGCGCAAGGAGCAUGCUCUGGUCAUGUCAGAUGUGGAAAACGACGCGUUCCGUGAUCCGGCCUCGGAACUCGUGCCGCGUUUCGAGGCUUGGCGAACCAGGUAUCUUAGUGACUAUGAUAAGGCGUGGGGCGGCUUGGCCCUCGCAAAUGCAUGGGAAUGGUACGCACGCUAUGAAAUGGCACUGUGGGACCCACUGUGGCGCGCAGCUGAUGACGACCUGUGCCUCGGUGGCCCACUAGAAGGUAUACCCGGAUUUGCGUGGGAGCACGCCGUGUCCGCCUAUGUGGGCGAAUCGAGCGCAGGCGGCGAUGACGAGAUGCUUGCGACCAUGUUGACGCGAGUCGUGGUCCCGCGUCUCGAGGCUCUGGCACAGGCGUAUGACGCCUACAGUGACAUGGAAACAAACGCGGCAUUGCAGGUGGUCGAGCAGGUAUCGUACGUGGUAGAGAAGACGCCUAUGCGCUCGCUUCUCUCAGCGUACCGUGAUGCGCUCGACAGAGCUGUUCGCGAGCCAGUGAGCGAUGUUUUCGCGCGUCUGGCGCUGGUCCGGCACGUACUAUUAUGGUGCACGUACUAUGACGACGCGUGGGACCAUCACGCGUAUGAAAAUGUGGCGCGGCAGGCUGUAGCCUCGGCGUGGUCGGCCAUCCAGCAAACGCCACGCAUGGAUGACGUUGUGAAAGCGGUGCGCGAAGUAUGCUGUGUAUGGCCCACCUCGUUCCUGCCAAGCGAGCGACAGGCAUUUAGUGUAUAUUAG